AUGAGACGAGAAUCUAGCUCGCAUGCCGGAGAGCACAGCAUCAAUAACCACAUUAUGGGCCUCAUUUGUGCUAAAUCCAGCAUUGCUGGUAGUAAUUCUGUGUCUCAUUUCUUUAGGGGAUUUACGCCCACACGGGCCAAAUCAGUCAACGAUACAUUUGUUUGUUUUGCUCUCUUUACUUUUCCCCUCUUCCUUAUUUCCUUUUCCCCUCUUCUUUCUUUUAUUUUCACCUCUUCCUUCUCUCCAUUUCAUCUCUUCUUUCUUUCCUUUUCACCUCUUCUUUCUUUUAUUUUCGCAUCUUUUUUCUUUUCUUUUCCCCUCUUCUUUCUCUCCUUUUCACCUCUUCUUUCUUUUCUUUUCCCCAUUCCCUUCUUUCCUUUUCACCUCUUUUUUCUUUCCUUUUCACCUCUUCUUUCUUUCCUUUUCCCCUCUUCUUUCUUUUCUUUUCACCUCUCCUUUCUUUUCUUUUCCCCACUCUUCUUUACUUUUCACCUCUUCUUUCUUUUCUUUUCACCACUUCCUUCUCUCCUUUUCACCUCUUCUUUCUUUCCUUUUCACCUCUUCUUUCUUUCCUUUUCACCUCUUUUUUCUUUCCUUUUCACCUCUUCUUUCUUUCCUUUUCCCCUCUUCUUUCUUUUCUUUUCACCUUUUUCUUUCCUUUACACCUCUUCUUUCUUUUCAUUUCACCACGCUUCUUUACUUUUCACCUCUACUUUCUUUUCUUUUCACCUCUUCCUUCUCUCCUUUUCACCUCUUCUUUCUUUCCUUUUCACCUCUUUUUUCUUUCCUUUUCACCUCUUCUUUCUUUCCUUUACACCCCUUUUUUCUUUCCUUUUCACCUCUUCUUUCUUUUCUUUUCCGCACUCUCUUCUUUCCUUUUCACCUCUUCUUUCUUUCCAUUUCACCUCUUCUUUCUUUUCUUUUCCCCACUCUCUUCUUUACUUUUCACCUCUUCUUUCUUUUCUUUUCCCCACUCUCUUCUUUCCUUUUCACCUCUUCUUUCUUUCCAUUUCACCUCUUCUUUCUUUUCUUUUCCCCACUCUCUUCUUUACUUUUCACCUCUUCUUUCUUUUCUUUUCCCCACUCUCUUCUUUCCUUUUCACCUCUUCUUUCUUUCCAUUUCACCUCUUCUUUCUUUUCUUUUCCCCACUCUCUUCUUUACUUUUCACCUCUUCUUUCUUCCCAUUUCACCUCUUCUUUCUUUUCUUUUCCCCACUCUCUUCUUUACUUUUCACCUCUUCUUUCUUUCCUUUUCACCUCUUCUUUCUUUCCUUUUCACCUCUUCUUUCUUUUCUUUUCCCCACUCUCUUCUUUAUUUUCACCUCUUUUUUCUUUCCUUUUCACCUCUUCUUUCUUUUCUUUUCCCCACUCUCUUCUUUACUUUUCACCUCUUCUUUCUUUCCUUUUCACCGCUUCUUUCUUUUCUUUUCCCCACUCUCUUCUUUUCUUUUCACCUCUUCUUACUUUUCUUUUCCCCACUCUCUUCUUUACUUUUCACCUCUUCUUUCUUUCCUUUUCACCUCUUCUUUCUUUUCUUUUCCCCACACUCUUCUUUACUUUUCACCUCUUCUUUCUUUCCAUUUCACCUCUUCUUUCUUUUCUUUUCCCCACUCUCUUCUUUACUUUUCAGCUCAUAUUUCUUUUCUUUUCCCCACUCUCUUCUUUACUUUUCACCUCUUCUUUCUUUCCAUUUCACCUCUUCUUUCUUUUCUUUUCCCCACUGUCUUCUUUACUUUUCACCUCUUCUUUCUUUUCUUUUCCCCACUCUCUUCUUUUCUUUUCACCUCUUCUUUCUUUUCUUUUCCCCACACUCUUCUUUACUUUUCCCCACUCUCUUCUUUACUUUUCACCUCUUCUUUCUUUUCUUUUCCCCACUCUCUUCUUUACUUUUCACCUCUUCUUUCUUUUCUUUUCCCCACUCUCUUCUUUACUUUUCACCUCUUCUUUCUUUCCUUUUCACCUCUUCUUUCUUUCCUUUUCACCUCUUCUUUCUUUCCUUUUCACCUCUUCUUUCUUAUCUUUUCCCCACACUCUUCUUUACUUUUCACCUCUUCUUUCUUUCCAUUUCACCUCUUCUUUCUUUUCUUUUCCCCACUCUCUUCUUUACUUUUCACCUCUUCUUUCUUUCCUUUUCACCUCUUCUUUCUUUCCUUUUCACCUCUUCUUUCUUUUCUUUUCCAAACUCUCUUCUUUACUUUUCACCUCUUCUUUCUUUCCUUUUCACCUCUUCUUUCUUUCCUUUUCACCUCUUCUUUCUUUUCUUUUCCCCACUCUCUUCUUUACUUUUCACCUCUUCUUUCUUUCCUUUUCACCUCUUCUUUCUUUUCUUUUCCCCACUCUCUUCUUUACUUUUCACAUCUUCUUUCUUUCCUUUUCACCUCCUCUUUCUUUUCUUUUCCCCACUCUCUUCUUUACUUUUCAACUCUUCUUUCUUUCCUUUUCACCUCUUCUUUCUUUCCUUUUCACCGCUUCUUUCUUUUCUUUUCCCCACUCUCUUCUUUACUUUUCACCUCUUCUUUCUUUCCUUUUCACCUCUUCUUUCUUUUCUUUUCCCCACUCUCUUCUUUACUUUUCACCUCUUCUUUCUUUCCUUUUCACCUCUUCUUUCUUUCCUUUUCACCUCUUCUUUCUUUUCUUUUCCAAACUCUCUUCUUUACUUUUCACCUCUUCUUUCUUUCCUUUUCACCUCUUCUUUCUUUCCUUUUCCCCACACUCUUCUUUACUUUUCAACUCUUCUUUCUUUCCUUUUCACCUCUUCUUUCUUUCCAUUUCACCUCUUCUUUCUUUUCUUUUUCCCCACUCUCUUCUUUUCUUUUCACCUCUUCUUUCUUUCCUUUUAACUUCUUCUUUCUUUUCUUUUCCCCACUCUCUUCUUUUUCUUUUCACCUCUUCUUUCUUUCCUUUUCACCUUCUUUCUUUUCUUUCCCCACUCUCUUCUUUUCUUUUCACCUCUUCUUUCUUUUCUUUUCCCCUCUUCUUUUCUUUCUUUUCACCUCUUCUUUCUUUCCAUUUCACCUCUUCUUUCUUUUCUUUUUCCACCUUCUUUACUUUUCACCUCUUCUUUCUUUUCUUUUCCCCACUCUCUUCUUUUCUUUUCACCUCUUCUUUCUUUUCUUUUCCCCACUCUUCUUUUCACUUUUUCCCCUCUCUUCUUUUUGCUUUUCACCUCUUCUUUCUUUUCUUUUCCCCACUCUCUUCUUUACUUUUCACCUCUUCUUUCUUUUCUUUUCCCCACUCUCUUCUUUACUUUUCACCUCUUCUUUCUUUCCUUUUCACCUCUUCUUUCUUUCCUUUUCACCUCUUCUUUCUUUUCUUUUCCCCACACUCUUCUUUACUUUUCACCUCUUCUUUCUUUCCAUUUCACCUCUUCUUUCUUUUCUUUUCCCCACUCUCUUCUUUCCUUUUCACCUCUUCUUUCUUUUCUUUUCCCCACUCUCUUCUUUACUUUUCACCUCUUCUUUCUUUCCUUUUCACCUCUUCUUUCUUUCCUUUUCACCUCUUCUUUCUUUUUCUUUUCCAAACUCUCUUCUUUACUUUUCACCUCUUCUUUCUUUCCUUUUCACCUCUUCUUUUUUUCCUUUUCACCUCUUCUUUCUUUUCUUUUCCCCUCUCUUCUUUACUUUUCACCUUUCUUUCUUUCCUUUUUUUCCUCUUCUUUCUUUUCUUUUCCCCUCUCUUCUUUUUCUUUUCACCUCUUCUUUCUUUCCUUUUCACCUCUUCUUUCUUAUCUUUUCCCCACUCUCUUCUUUACUUUUCACCUCUUCUUUCUUUCCUUUUCACCUCAUCUUUCUUUUCUUUUCCCCACUCUCUUCUUUACUUUUCAACUCUUCUUUCUUUCCUUUUCACCUCUUCUUUCUUUCCUUUUCACCUCUUCUUUCUUUUCUUUUCCAAACUCUCUUCUUUACUUUUCAACUCUUCUUUCUUUCCUUUUCACCUCUUCUUUCUUUCCUUUUGACCUCUUCUUUCUUUUCUUUUCCCCACACUCUUCUUUACUUUUCAACUCUUCUUUCUUUCCUUUUCACCUCUUCUUUCUUUCCUUUUCACCUCUUCUUUCUUUUCUUUUCCCCACUCUCUUCUUUCCUUUUCACCUCUUCUUUCUUUCCUUUUUUUUUCUUCUUUCUUUUUCUUUUUCCAAACUCUCUUCUUUUUUCACCUCUUCUUUCUUUCCUUUUCACCUCUUCCUUCUUUCCUUUUCACCUCUUCUUUCUUUUUCUUUUUCCCACUCUCUUCUUUACUUUUCACCUCUUCUUUCUUUCCUUUUCACCUCUUCUUUCUUUUCUUUUUCCCCUUUCUCUUCUUUUUUUUUCACCUCAUCAUUCUUUCCUUUUCACCUCAUCUUUCUUUUCUUUUUCCCCACUCUCUUCUUUUACUUUUCAACUCUUCUUUCUUUCCUUUUCACCUUUUCUUUCUUUUCUUUUCCCCACACUCUUCUUUUUGUUUUCACCUCUUCUUUCUUUUUUCCUUUUCACCUCUUCUUUUUUUCUUUUCCCCACCUCUUUUUACUUUUCACCUCUUCUUUCUUUCCAUUUCACCUCUUCUUUCUUUUCUUUUUCCCCUCUCUUCUUUUACUUUUCACCUCUUCUUUCUUUCCUUUUCACCUCUUCUUUCUUUCCUUUUCACCUCUUCUUUCUUUCUUUUUUCUUUCUCUCUUCUUUACUUUUCACCUCUUUUUCUUUCCUUUUCACCUCUUCUUUCUUUUCUUUUCCCCACUCUCUUCUUUACUUUUCACCUCUUCUUUCUUUUCUUUUCACCGCUUCUUUCUUUUCUUUUCCCCUCUCUUCUUUUCUUUUCACCUCUUCUUUCUUUUCUUUUCCCCUCUCUCUUCUUUUCACUUUUCACCUCUUCUUUCUUUCCUUUUCACCUCUUCUUUCUUUUCUUUUUUCCCCUCUUCUUUACUUUUCACCUCUUCUUUCUUUCCAUUUCACCUCUUCUUUCUUUCUUUUCCCCACUCUUCUUUUACUUUUCAGCUCAUAUUUCUUUUCUUUUCCCCUCUCUUCUUUACUUUUCACCUCUUCUUUCUUUCCAUUUCACCUCUUCUUUCUUUUCUUUUCCCCUGUCUUCUUUUUUCUUUUCACCUCUUCUUUCUUUUUCCAUUUCACCUCUUCUUUCUUUUCUUUUCCCCUCUCUUUCUUUUCUUUUCACCUCUUCUUUGUUUUCCUUUCCCCACUUUCUUCUUUACUUUUCACCUCUUCUUUCUUUCCAUUUCACCUCUUCUUUCUUUUCUUUUCCCCACACUCUUCUUUACUUUUCACCUCUUCUUUCUUUUCUUUUCCCCACACUCUUCUUUACUUUUCCCCACUCUCUUCUUUACUUUUCACCUCUUCUUUCUUUUCUUUUUUACCCUCUCUUCUUUACUUUUCACCUCUUCUUUCUUUUCUUCCCCCCACUCUCUUCUUUACUUUUCACCUCUUCUUUCUUUCCUUUCCCCCUCUUUCUUUCCUUUCCCCCUCUUUCUUUCCUUUUUUUCUUCUUUCUUUUUCUUUUCCCCCUCUUCUUUACUUUUCACCUCUUCUUUCUUUCCAUUUCACCUCUUCUUUCUUUUCUUUUCCCCCCCUUCUCUUCUUUCCUUUUCACCUCUUCUUUCUUUUCUUUUCCCCUCUUUCUUUACUUUUCACCUCUUCUUUCUUUCCUUUUCACCUCUUCUUUCUUUCCUUUUCACCUCUUCUUUCUUUUCUUUUCCCCCUCUCUUUCUUUCCUUCUUUUUCACCUCUUCUUUCUUUCCUUUUCACUUCUUCUUUCUUUUCUUUUCCCCCACUCUCUUCUUUUUCUUUUUUCACCUCUUCUUUCUUUCCUUUUCACCUCUUCUUUCUUUUCUUUUCCCCACUCUCUUCUUUACUUUUCAACUCUUCUUUCUUUCCUUUUCACCUCUUCUUUCUUUCCUUUUCACCUCUUCUUUCUUUUCUUUUCCCCACUCUUUUCUUUACUUUUCACCUCUUCUUUCUUUCCUUUUCACCUCUUCUUUCUUUUCUUUUCCCCACACUCUUCUUUACUUUUCACCUCUUCUUUCUUUCCUUUUCACCUCUUCUUUCUUUCCUUUUCACCUCCUCUUUCUUUUCUUUUCCAAACUCUCUUCUUUACUUUUCACCUCUUCUUUCUUUCCUUUUCACCUCUUCUUUCUUUCCUUUUCACCUCUUCUUUCUUUUCUUUUCCCCACACUCUUCUUUACUUUUCAACUCUUCUUUCUUUCCUUUUCACCUCUUCUUUCUUUCCAUUUCACCUCUUCUUUCUUUUCUUUUCCCCACUCUCUUCUUUUCUUUUCACCUCUUCUUUCUUUCCUUUUCACUUCUUCUUUCUUUUCUUUUCCCCACUCUCUUCUUUUCUUUUCACCUCUUCUUUCUUUCCUUUUCACCUCUUCUUUCUUUUCUUUUCCCCUCUCUUCUUUUCUUUUCACCUCUUCUUACUUUUCUUUUCCCCACUCCCUUCUUUACUUUUCACCUCUUCUUUCUUUCCUUUUCACCUCUUCUUUCUUUUCUUUUCCCCACUCUCUUCUUUACUUUUCACCUCUUCUUUUUAUUCCUUUUCACCUCUUCCUUCUCUCCUUUUCACCUCUUCUUUCUUUCCUUUUCCCCUCUUUCUUUCCUUUACACCUCUUUUUUCUUUCCUUUUCACCUCUUCUUUCGUUUCUUUUCCCCACUCCCUUCUUUACUUUUCACCUCUUCUUUCUUUCCUUUUCACCUCUUCUUUCUUUUCUUUUUCCCACUCCUGCAGUUUCCUUUUCACCUCUUCUUUCUUUUCUUUUCCCCACUCUCUUCUUUACUUUUCACCUCUUCUUUCUUUCUUUUUCACUUCUUCCUUCUCUCCUUUUCACCUCUUCUUUCUUUCCUUUACACCUCUUCUUUCUUUUAUUUUCCCCACUCCCUUUACUUUUCACCUAUUCUUUCUUUCCUUUUCACCUCUUCUUUCUUUCCUUUACACCUCUUCUUUCUUUUCUUUUCCCCACUCCCUUCUUUACUUUUCACCUCUUAUUUCUUUACUUUUCCCCCCUCUUCUUUCUUUCCUUUUCCCCAUUUCCUUAUUUUCUUUUCACCUCUUCCUUAUUUUCUUUUCAUUUGUUCUUUCUUUCCUUUCCCCUUCUUUUUUUGCCUUUGCUCUGAAUGGGCAGGAAAUUAUCCAAUCCUUCUCUCUUGCCAACCAAUUGCUUAG